AUGGAUAAAACUGUACGAAUAAAGAAAAGAAUUGAAGUAAAAAAUAUAUCUAAAUUAGAAACUGUACCAAUUGUAAGAGAAGUAUUCAUUCAAAAUAAUAUGUCAAUGUUAAAUAUUAUCAAUACAUCAAAAGUAAACUCAUGUAUUCGUGAAAAAAAAUCUUUGAAAAGCUCAGAAAUAAAUGAUGAUGUAUUUGGAUUUUCAUGUAAUGAUGAUGAACAAUUGUCUGCAGAAGAUAUACAAAUUUUUGAAGUUGAAAAUAAGCAGCUUUACAAUGAUCUAAACAUUUUAUCGGAAGAAAUUAAACAAAUUGAAAACAAAGUGACAAAAACUUAG